UAGUGUAGUUGUGAAACGUGUCAGUCAAUAUGUAAGCGCACUGCGUUAUCUCGCGUUCAACACUUCCAACUUCAACCCGAGACUCGUCUUCUCUUCAUUUCGGAAAUUUCAGCUCCAUCAAUCUGUUUCUGUUCUCAAAUGCUUUGCCGGAUUCCGCUCCUGCUCCGGCGAUUCCGUCCGAUAUUUCGGGAUUAACAUGGGUUUUCGGAGUUCAUUAGUUAUUGAAUUAGUCAGGUCAUGAACAUCUAAUGUUGGAGCCUAAGGAGCCUCUCACGGAUGUGCAAUUCAAGGAAAAACGAGGUUUGGUACCUUCCCGGGCUUCUGAUCCUGGUUGGGCUCAUGGAAUUAUGGUCAAUGGGGGUCGCCAGAAGAUUAAAUGCAAAUACUGCCAUAAAGUUAUGCUUGGGGGUGGCAUAUCCAGACUAAAGCAGCAUCUGGCCGGGGAAAGGGGAAAUGUAGCUCCAUGUGAGGAAGUUCCAGAAGAAGUUAAGCUGCAGAUUCAACAACUUCUAGGUUUUAAAGUUCUGGAGAAGCUGAAACGGCAGAAGAAAAGUAACAAGAACGCAGUACCAUGCUUUCCAAGCAGGGAAGGAAUAGAUGAUAGGGUACACUGGGUUCGGAAUACUCGACGAGGCUGUUCCCAAAGAAAGGGAAAGGAGAUAUUAGAAGGAGGUACUAAGGAAGCAAAGAGGAAAAAGAAACAAUUUUUUCCAACAUCUUUUGUUACUCAACCCGAUAACCAUAAUAUUGCUCCAAUAGGCAUGGAACAAGCUGAUAUGGCUGUUGCCAGAUUUAUGUAUCAAGCUGGUAUACCAAUUAGUGCCGUAAGCUCACAAUAUUUCCAAAAAAUGGCUGAUGCAAUUGCUUCUGUAGGCCCCGGUUAUAAGAUGCCAACCUAUCAUUCUUUGAUGGGUAAAUUGCUUGACAGAAGCGCCCAGAAUGCUGGGGAAUAUGUUGAAGAGUUGAGAAAGUCUUGGGAGGUUACCGGGUGCACAGUCCUGGUUGAUAGGUGGAUGGAUAGAACUGGUUUUGUAGUAAACUUUUUUGUCUAUUGUACCAAGGGUAUCAUGUUCCUUAAGUCUGUUGAUUUAUCCGAAGUUUCAGAAUCACCGGAGGGCCUUCUAAAUUUAUUUGACAGCAUUGUUCAAGAAGUUGGACUGAAGAAUAUAGUCAAUUUUGUGACAGAUACUUCUCCCUUGUUUAAAGCUGCAGGUAUACUCUUGGUGGAAAAAUACAAAACAUUUUUCUUAACUGUUUGUGCUGCACACUGUUUGGAGUUAAUCCUCGGGGAAAUUGAGAAAAUGGAAGAAGUAGAAGAGGUUGUUGGGAAAGCUAAAAGGAUAGUUCAGUUCAUAUACAACAAUGUUUGGGUCCUAAAUUUGAUAAAGAAGAGAAUUGGUGGGAGAGAGAUUAUCCAGCUUGCAUCUACAAGAAUUUUCUCCAUCUUUUUGACUCUGCAUAACAUUCUGUCUUUGAAAGAUCAUCUUCAUCAGACGUUCACCAGUGGUGACUGGAUGCAGUCAAAUUUCUCGAAGCAUGGAGCUGGACUUGAGGUGGCAAAGAUUACUGCUGAUCCACUCUUCUGGUCGAAGUGUGAUCAUGUUACAACGGGAACAAAGCCUUUACUUUCUGUGUUGCAAUUUCUUGAAUCAGAGGAGAAGCCAUCUGCUGGAUUUAUAUACGAUGCAUUUGAAAAAGCAAAGAACAGUGUCAUGCUUGCUUUUAACGAGAAGGAAUCUGAUUACUCGCCAUUUCUGAAAGCUAUUGACCAUGUUUUGCAGAAGGAAUUUCAGAGCCCACUUCACGUGGCUGCAUAUUACCUCAAUCCAUCAAUAUUCUACAGUCCUACAUUCUUAUCCAGCAAAGUAAUUCAAAAGGGUUUACUUGAUUGUAUUGAAGCCUUAGAGCCAGACAUAACAUCUCAGGUUAUGAGCAACAUAAAUUUCUAUGAGGAAGCCGUUGGAGAUUUUGGGCGGUCGGUGGCAUUACAUGGUCGAGAAUCAUUGGCCCCAGCUACUUGGUGGUCAUUGUAUGGAACUGAUUACCCAGAUUUACAACGGUUAGCCGUCAGGAUAUUGAGUCAGACUUGCAGCAUUAUACAAUGUCGUAAAAGCAAGAGCAUGUUCAAAAAUGUCCAUUUAAAGAAGAACCGACUAGAAAGGCAGAAGAUGAAUGACCUUGAAUUUGUUCAUUAUAACUUGCGACUCCAGGAAAGGAGACUGGAGAUUGGUAAAGAAAGGUGCUCAAUAUGUGCACUUGAUCCUGUUUGUUUGGAAGCCAUUGAUGUGAUGAUGGAAGAUUGGUUGGCGGAUGUUGAGGUAAUGGAAGAUGAGCACAAGAGGUGGAUGAAUGUGAAGGUCACUAGUCAGGAAACCUCGGUGGAACAUAAAUUUUCCAAUGUGAAUAGUUGUAUUGACAACACAGAUGAGAGAGCCAGCGAGGACACAAUAGAUACAGAUGGUAAUGAUUUGUAGGCUCUGCUUUGUUCUAAAGCAGUUGAUUACCUCAUCAAGAAAUAAUUAGUUCAUGAAUGCUCUAAUUCUCUUCUAUAAUCUGCUAAAUGUACGUAGUAUCUAAUUUCCAUCAGAUAUAGAACCUUGUUCAAUUGAGGGAGUUAAAAAAAGGAAAUAAAUUUGUUUUUGUCAAA